AUGAGCCGGGGCGCGGGCGCGCUUCAGCGCCGGACAACGACCUACCUCAUCUCGCUGACCCUGGUCAAGCUCGAGUCUGUGCCUCCGCCGCCGCCUUCCCCGUCCGCGGCCGCCGCCGGCGCCCCGGGCACCAGAGGCGCCGAGCCCGGGGAGCCUGGCAGCCCCCGAGGCGCGGAGGAGCCGGGCAAGAAGCGGCACGAGCGGCUCUUCCACCGGCAGGAUGCGCUGUGGAUCAGCACGAGCGGCGCGGGCGCCGGGGGCGCCGAGCCCGCCGCCCCGUCGCCGGCUCCGGCCAGUCCGGCCCGCCCCGUCUCCCCGGCUCCCGGCCGCCGCCUCUCGCUCUGGGCCGCCCCUCCCGGGCCGCCGCUCUGCGGGGGGCUGAGCGCCGACCCCAGGCCCGGGGGCGCCCCCGCCGCCGCCCGGCGCCCCCUGCUCAGCAGCCCGAGCUGGGGGGGCCCGGAGCCCGAGGGCCGCGCAGGCGGCGGCGGCGGCGGCGUCCCCGGCUCGUCCUCGCCGCACCCCGGCACCGGCAGCCGGAGGCUCAAGGUGGCGCCGCCUCCGCCCGCUCCCAAGCCCUGCAAGACCGUGACCACGAGUGGCGCCAAGGCCGGCGCGGGCAAGGGCGCCGGCAGCCGCCUGUCAUGGCCCGAGAGCGAGGGCAAGCCCCGGGCCAAGGGGUCGAGGAGCAGCGCCGGGACUGGAGCUCCCGCCGCCGCCGCCGCCGCCGCCGGGGCAGGGGGAGCGGCCGCCGCGACCUCUGGGGGCGUCGGGGCCGCGCCCGGAGCCCGAGGGAAGCUGUCCCCUCGGAAAGGCAAGAGUAAGACCUUGGACAACAGUGACUUGCACCCGGGGCCGCCUGCCGCCUCUCCUCCUCCGCUCACUGUCCCAGCACCCCUGUCUCCAGCCGCCGUUGUCACCGCCGCCUCCGCGCUGCCCACUGGGCCUGCACCUCCAAUCACUCUGGAACCUCCAGCUCCCGGGCUGAAGCGGGGCCGGGAGGGGGGCCGAGCAUCCACUCGAGAUCGCAAGAUGCUCAAGUUCAUCAGCGGCAUCUUUACCAAGAGCACAGGGGGCCCUCCUGGCUCCGGGCCCCCUCCCGGACCCCCGGUCCUGUCUUCGGGCAGCGGGUCUAGGGAGCUGCUGGGUGCAGAGCUCCGUGCUUCCCCUAAAGCUGUGGUCAAUAGCCAGGAAUGGACUUUGAGCCGCUCCAUCCCUGAACUGCGCCUGGGUGUGCUGGGUGAUGCCAGGAGUGGGAAGUCAUCGCUCAUCCACCGAUUCCUGACUGGGUCAUACCAGGUGCUGGAGAAGACAGAGAGUGAGCAGCACAAGAAAGAAAUGUUGGUGGAUGGACAGACUCAUCUGGUGUUGAUCCGAGAGGAAGCUGGGGCACCUGAUGCCAAGUUCUCAGGCUGGGCAGAUGCUGUGAUCCUGGUCUUCAGCCUCGAGGAUGAGAAUAGUUUCCAGGCCGUGAGCCGUCUUCACGGGCAGCUGAGCUCCCUGCGGGGGGAGGGACGAGGAGGCCUGGCUCUGGCACUGGUGGGGACACAAGACCGGAUCAGCGCUUCCUCCCCUCGAGUCGUGGGCGAUGCCCGUGCCAGGGCUCUGUGUGCCGAUAUGAAGCGCUGCAGCUACUACGAGACGUGUGCAACCUACGGGCUCAAUGUGGACCGGGUCUUCCAGGAGGUGGCCCAGAAGGUGGUGACCUUGCGCAAACAGCAACAGCUUCUGGCUGCCUGCAAGUCCCUACCCAGCUCCCCAAGCCACUCAGCUGCUUCCACUCCUGUAGCUGGGCAGGCCAGUAACGGGGGCCACACUAGCGAUUACUCUUCUUCCCUCCCAUCCUCACCCAAUGUUGGUCACCGGGAGCUCCGAGCGGAGGCAGCUGCAGUGGCUGGACUGAGCGCCCCGGGGUCCCUGCACCGGGCAGCCAAGCGCAGGACCAGCCUUUUUGCGAAUCGUCGGGGCAGUGACUCUGAGAAGCGGAGCUUGGACAGCCGGGGAGAGACAACAGGGAGUGGGCGAGCCAUCCCCAUCAAACAGAGCUUCCUACUAAAGCGAAGUGGCAACUCCUUGAACAAAGAAUGGAAGAAGAAAUAUGUGACCCUGUCCAGUAAUGGCUUCCUACUCUACCACCCCAGCAUUAAUGAUUACAUCCACAGUACCCACGGAAAGGAAAUGGACUUGCUACGAACAACAGUCAAAGUCCCCGGCAAGCGGCCCCCACGGGCCAUCUCCGCUUUUGGCCCCUCGGCCAGCAUCAACGGGCUGGUGAAGGACAUGAGCACUGUCCAAAUGGGGGAAGGCCCUGAAGCCACCACUCCUACCCCAAGCCCAAGCCCCAGCCCCAGUUCCCUGCAGCCACCACCAGACCAGACAUCCAAGCACCUGCUGAAGCCAGACCGGAAUUUGGCCCGAGCCCUCAGCACUGACUGCACCCCAUCCGGAGACCUGAGCCCCCUGAGUCGGGAACCCCCUCCUUCUCCCAUGGUGAAGAAGCAGAGGAGGAAGAAGUUGACAACGCCAUCUAAAACGGAAGGCUCGGCUGGGCAGGCUGAAGCCAAGCGCAAAAUGUGGAAACUAAAAUCCUUUGGUAGUUUAAGAAAUAUUUAUAAAGCAGAGGAAAACUUCGAGUUCCUGAUCGUGUCCAGCACUGGUCAGACGUGGCACUUCGAGGCGGCCAGUUUUGAGGAGCGGGACGCCUGGGUUCAGGCCAUCGAAAGUCAGAUCCUAGCCAGUCUGCAGUGCUGUGAGAGCAGCAAGGUCAAGCUGCGCACAGACAGCCAAAGCGAAGCCGUGGCCAUCCAGGCGAUCCGGAACGCCAAGGGGAACUCCAUCUGCGUGGACUGCGGGGCCCCCAACCCCACGUGGGCCAGCCUGAACCUGGGCGCACUCAUCUGCAUCGAGUGUUCUGGCAUUCACCGCAACCUGGGCACACACCUGUCCCGCGUCCGCUCGCUCGACUUGGACGACUGGCCGCGGGAGCUGACCCUGGUGCUGACAGCCAUCGGCAACGACGUGGCCAACAGCGUGUGGGAGAGUGACACGCGGGGCCGCGCCAAACCCACGCGGGACUCUUCGCGGGAGGAGCGUGAGUCGUGGAUUCGCGCCAAGUACGAGCAGCUGCUGUUCCUGGCGCCGCUGGGCGCUUCCGAAGAGCCGCUGGGCCGGCAGCUGUGGGCCGCGGUGCAGGCCCAGGACGUGGCCGCCGUGCUCCUCCUCCUGGCCCACGCGAGACACGGGCCGCUCGACAGCAGCGUGGCGGACCCGCAGCUUCGCUCCCCGCUGCACCUGGCGGCCGAGCUCGCCCACGUCGUCAUCACGCAGCUGCUGCUGUGGUACGGCGCCGACGUGUCCGCCCGCGACGCGCACGGCCGCACCGCGCUCUUCUACGCCCGCCAGGCGGGGAGCCAGCUGUGCGCCGACAUCCUCCUCCAGCACGGCUGCCCCGCGGAGGGCGGCGGCGCGGCCGCCACGCCCAGCCCCCGCCGCCGGAGCAGCGCCGCCAGCGCGGGCCGAGCCGACGCGCCCCUGGCGCUGGUGUAGCCGCGCCGCCGGAGAGACCCCCACCCCCGCGCGG